GCCACGUCGGGGAAUUUCUUCGCCCAGCUCUCAGUUCUAGAAAACCCUAAUUAUCGUUCGAUGAGAGGAUCUGGCCAGAUCUUCCCAGCUACGCACGGAAAUGUUGUCACAUCAUGCCAUUUUCGCCUCACGAGGAUAAAAACGCUCGUGUGAUUUCAACCGGUCGAAAACGACGGACUGCCUUUUAGAAAGUCUUUAGUAGCACCGGUUAUACCCGGCAACAUAUCGUCAUGCUAUUCCUUGCGCUAGAUUGUUUUUUUUUCCUUUAACAUUUCAGCCUGAGCCUGGCAAAUGACUCCGCAAAGCGGAACAAGAUGCCAUGCUGCAUCACCGGUGCGAGGCGCUCAUUCAUACCCUAUUUCGCUGGUCAUCAUAUGGUCUUUUAGGACGAUAAUCAGACGCCAUGCUCAACUCCCAAGAGACGAAGUUGGUCAAGGAUACGCUCCCAGCUCUCCGCCAACAUGGAGAACACAUCUCGACCGUCUUUUACAAGACGAUGUUACGCGACCACCCCGACCUGCACAACUAUUUUAACAAUGUAAACAUGCACACUGGAAAGCAGCCGCGGGCAUUGACGUCACUCAUAUUAGCCUUCGCCUCUAACAUCGUCAACAUCAGCGAGCUAACGCCGAAGUUGGAGCGGGUAGCACAAAAGCAUGCCUCACUGAACAUCCAACCCGAACAAUAUGAAAUUGUUGGGAAGUACUUGCUUCGCGCGUUCUCUGCCGUGCUUGGCCCCUCGAUGACUCCCGAUGUCAAGCUGGCUUGGACGAAGGCGUACUGGGUUAUGGCAAAAAUGUUGACAGGUCGAGAGGCACAUAUUUACCGAGAGUUCGAAGCGUGGAAGGCUUGGCGAAAAUUCAUGAUCUACGAUAAGAAGAGUGAGACGAUAGGGGGAAGCAUCGUCUCAUUUACGCUAAAGCCCGUUGACGGAAAGGCCUUACCUAUCUUCUUGCCUGGCCAGUACAUCACUUUGAGGAUCACGGUGCCGGGGAUGAAGUAUGCACAACUGAGACAGUAUUCGUUGAGCGAUGCACCUAGCCCCGAUCACUACCGAAUCACCGUCAAGCGAGACCAGGGGACGAAUUGGGAUUAUCUUUCACCCCGAGAUGAUAUGACUGUGUCGUCAGCCGCGAGCAGUGCUUCGGAUAGCAGUAUCGGCAGCGUGCAGCCUUGCAGACCCGGCAUUGUGUCAAAUUCUCUCAUCGACGAAUUCCACGAAGGCGAUACCUUGGAAUUAACACAUCCGUCCGGUGCUUUUCACCUCAACCCUAAUCUAGAUACCUCAAUGCCACUUGUACUAAUUUCUGCCGGGGUCUGCGUCGCCCCACUUAUGUCCAUCCUAAACACGGUGGUGGAGAAACGAAUCACUAGGCCUCUAUCGUGGAUCCAGGCUUCGCGACACGACGCGCCUUUCCAGGCGCACGUGGAGAAAAUCGCGAAAAAACAUCCUAACAUGCGGACUAAAUUCUUCAAGUCAAGGUUGUCGGACAGUGAUGUCCUCUCAUACACAUCGACCUUCGACAACGACUUCCUCUCCCUAACUGCCGAAGACUUGUACCUCAGCAAUAGGAUGUCGGAAUAUUACGUAUGCGGCCCCGAGAAGUUCAUGAUACAGGCGUCGAAUCACCUGCAGAGGUAUGGCGUGCAUCAAGACCGAGUACAAUUUGAAAUCUUUUCGGUGGGAAGUUUUGAGAUGGCACACGAUUAACUGACGACGAAAUUCUUUUUCAUCAUAUAUGCAUGCGGUUCCUUGGGAUUUAGUCAUCUGGUGUGAUGACUCGCGGUUAACAUUCUGGUCGGACUAUAGAACAUGGUUGAUGCCUCGCUAAUGCGGAUGGACGAAUACCAGGCAUGGAGGAUACGAAAUAUAGAGGCGAACGGAGUUGAAACUUAUAUCAACGAUGGUACUUAUUCUCAUUCUAUGGAGCUCUGGAAAGCCGAGACCUAAUUUGCGGGCUUGUAACGACACGGGAUAUAUAGGGGAUACUCAUAAAAUAGACGAUAUUAAUCAGCUCACGCUAUAAAAAAAGAAGAAAAUUUGCC